AUGGUGGAAGAAAACGCGAAAGCGCCGGAAAAGCCGGUUCAAGAAUCGACUAAAUCGCAAAUACCGACCAAAGACGGUGGGGCCGCUAACAAGACCAGCGUGAAUAAGGAAGCUGAAGAAGAGCUCUCGGAGGAAGAUCUCAAACUGAAAAAUAAUUUGGAGACCUUAGUGGAAAGGUUGUUGGAGGAUGAUACAAAGCUUCACGAACCAUCUCUUGCUCAAUUAAAGGAAUUGGUGCGUGAUUCCACCAGUUCAAUGACAGCUGUUCCCAAGCCUUUGAAGUUUCUACGCCCAUUCUAUCCGGAAAUGUGUGACGCCUUCGACAAAUGGAAUGAUCCAAAGCUCAAGUCGAUUAUGGCAGACACACUCUCCGUAUUGGCGAUGACGUAUUCUGACGAGGCCAAGCGGGAUAGCCUUCGUUUCAGGCUUCUUUCCGAUGAAAAGGAUAUUGCCAGCUGGGGCCACGAAUAUGUGCGCCAUUUGGCUUUGGAAAUCGGCGAUGUAUACAACGAACAAGUUGAGAAAGAGGCUGGAGAUUCGGCGGAGCCUUCUCCCGGCCCAUUGAGUACAGGUUCUAAAGGCGCUCUAGACGUAUCCAAGGAGGCUCUAGUUCUUCUGUCUCUCGAGAUUGUACCCUACUUCCUAAAACACAAUGGCGAAGCUGAUGCUGUUGAUCUACUAUUGGAAAUCGAAUCCAUCGACAAGCUCCCUCAAUUUAUCGAUGAAAACACAUUUCAACGCGUUUGCCAGUAUAUGAUCGCCUGUGUUCCUCUACUACCACCACCGGAUGAUGUAUUUUUCUUACAGACAGCUUACUCCAUAUACUUGAGUGAACUUCAAUUGACAGAGGCACUCGCUUUGGCCAUCAGAUUGGAUGACGAAUCUCUGAUAAGAGCUGUUUUCGAUGCUACGUCCGACCAGGUUGUUCACAAACAGCUUGCAUACAUUCUCUCGGCCCAAAAGUCAUCUUUCGAAUAUGAGGGCGUUCAAGACAUAAUCGGCAACACUAAGCUAUCAGAGCACUUUCUCUUUUUGGCAAAGGAACUCAACUUAACAGUACCAAAGGUCCCCGAAGACAUAUACAAGAGUCACUUGGAUAACUCGUCAAAGGGAGUCUUUGCAGGAACUGGCUUAGACUCCGCACAACAAAACCUUGCUGCUUCAUUUGUCAAUGGCUUUCUGAAUUUGGGUUAUUCGAGCGACAAGCUCAUUGUUGGUGAUGACAAUUGGGUUUACAAAACUAAAGGUGACGGUAUGACCUCCACCGUUGCCAGUAUCGGAUCUAUAUACCAAUGGAAUCUGGAAGGGCUGCAACAGCUCGACAAAUACCUGUAUGUUGACGAAACCGAAGUGAAGGCAGGUGCUUUGUUGGGUAUUGGAAUUUCUGCCUCUGGUGUGCAUGACGGUGAAGUUGAGCCAGCAUUGUUGCUAUUGCAAGACUACGUGAGUAACCCCGACCAAAAGCUAAGCUCUGCCGCCAUUUUAGGUCUCGGAAUCGCAUUUGCUGGGAGCAGAAACGAUGAACUGCUAGGUCUUUUGCUUCCAAUAGCUGCUGACACAAGUUUACCAAUUGAGACCUCUGCUAUGGCGUCUCUCGCUCUUGCUCAUGCUUUCAUAGGUACCUGCAACGGGGAUGUUACAACUGCGGUUGUUGAUAACCUUCUUGAACGCAGUGCCUCGGAGCUUAAGACCGAAUGGACUAGGUUCUUGACGCUGGCUUUGGGUAUUUUGUACCUGGGACAAGGUGAUCAAGUCGAGGAUGUUAUUGAGACCAUUUCGGCGAUAGAUCACCCUAUCACAUCUGCUAUCGAGGUCUUGAUCAAUGUAUGUGCUUUCACAGGCACUGGAGACGUCUUGCUCAUCCAGGAUCUCCUACAUCGUUUGACUCCUAAGGAAAAGAAGGUGGAGGAUGAUGAAGAAGAAGAAGGAGAGGACGAAGAUCAAGUUGCUGAGUUGGAAGAUGCAGUUGAACAUGAAAUUGCAGAAUCGUUGAGUUCAGUAAAAAAAGGAGAAACUGACAAUGACGGUGACGAAAAGAUGGAAACUGCUGAAGAAUCUCAAAAGGACGCUGGAAAGGCAACAGAAGGUGAAGAAAGUAAGAGCAAGGAAGAAGAGAAAAAGAGUCAGGAGGAAGAGGAAAAAGAAUAUGCUCUUAUUGAUGAGCUCACCUACGCUGUCCUAGGUAUCGCCAUGAUCUCCAUGGGUGAAGAGAUAGGUAAAGAAAUGUCUCUUCGUCAUUUCAGUCAUUUAAUGCAUUACGGUAACGAACAAAUCAGAAAAACCGUUCCUCUGGCCAUAGGUUUGCUUUCAGUUUCAGACCCACAAGUGAAAAUUUUCGACACCCUCUCGAGGUCCUCCCACGAUCCCGACCUAGACGUGUCGAUGAAUUCCAUUUUCGCAAUGGGUCUCACAGGUGCUGGUACAAACAAUGCUAGAUUAGCACAGCUUCUCAGACAGUUAGCCGGGUACUAUUCGCGCGAACAAAACGCAUUGUUUAUCACCAGAUUGUCACAAGGCUUGGUGCAUCUCGGUAAGGGGACUAUGACUUUCGACAUUCUCAACGAUGCACAGGUUUUGAACAAGGUCACUCUAGCUUCCUUGCUAACAGUACUGGUGGGAUUGGUAACGCCUUCCUUCAUGUUGGAGCACCACUAUUUGUUCUACUACCUCAAUAGCGGUGUCAGGCCGAAGUACAUCUUGACCUUAAACGAAGAGGGCGAACCUAUUAAGGUAAACGUAAGAGUAGGUCAGGCUGUGGAUACGGUUGGACAAGCAGGUAAACCCAAGACUAUAACAGGUUGGAUAACCCACUCUACGCCGGUGCUGCUGGGACAUGGUGAAAGGGCUGAGCUCGAAACUAACGAGUACAUCACCUAUGCCAGUCGCCUCGAAGGUGUUGUCAUUUUGAAAAAGAACCCAGAUUACCGUGAAGAAGAGUAA